GAAUGGAUGUGCCUUGAGAACCACUUCAGCAAAAUCUACACUCAGAACCUCUCAUCUUCCUUCUUCUUUGUGGAACAGAACAUUUUCAUCUUUCCACAACUCAACAAUUCAAUUCACAUAGCUCAAGACUUUUUGAGCUUAACAACCAUGUCAUUAUCCAUGUCUACCACCACUAGUGGUCACUACUCUGCACUUUCAUUGCCAACAAGAACAAACUCUAAGCAAAACCAACCUUAUUUUCUUCCAACCACCAAGUUGUUUUCUUCAAGAAACUCUUUUUCUUGUAGUUUCUCAAAUACCCUUUUGUCAAAACCGUUUCUUUAUGUGGUUAAAGCUUCAUCUGAUGUUGGUUCUGAAGCAUCCAAAGAAGAGAGUGAGAAGGGUGAAGGAGGAGAAGAGGAACCAUAUGAAGAGUAUGAGGUAGAGAUUGAUCAACCUUAUGGAAUCAAAUUUGUGAAGGGAAGGGAUGGUGGAACUUACAUUGAUGCUAUUGCACCUGGUGGAUCAGCUGAUAAAGCUGGAGUCUUUACUGUUGGUGAUAAAGUACUUGCCACCAGUGCUGUUUUUGGGACUGAAAUUUGGCCAGCUGCAGAAUAUGGAAGGACGAUGUACACAAUUCGCCAAAGAAUUGGUCCGUUACUAAUGAGAAUGCAAAAGAGAUAUGGAAAGAUAGAAACUGGCGGUGCAUUAACUGAAAAGGAGAUCAUCAGAGCCGAGAGAAACUCUGGUGUAGUUAGUAGCAGACUUAGGGAAAUUCAAAUGCAAAACUACCUAAGGAAAAAAGAAUUGAAAGCGGGUCGGGAACAGGAUUUGAGAGAAGGCUUACUACUAUACAAGAAUGCUAAAUAUGAGGAAGCACUAGAGAAAUUUGAGUCUGUUUUGGGAUCAAAGCCAGAACCUGAAGAAGCAGCAGUCGCAAGUUAUAAUGUUGCUUGUUGUUACUCUAAGCUAAACCAGAUUAAAGCCGCACUUUCUUCACUCGAGGAAGCACUGAAAUCUGGUUUUGAAGACUUCAAGAGAAUCAGAACUGAUCCUGACCUUGCAAAUGCAAGGGCAUCCCCGGAAUUCGAUCCGUUAUUGAAAAGAUUUGAUGAAUCAUUUAUCAAUGAGAGUGCCAUCAAUGCCAUCAAAUCUAUUUUUGGAUUUAAUAAGAAUUAACACCUUUGUGGGGAGACAAGAAAACAAUCAGUUUAGCUGACUAAGGAAUUGGUUGAGCAAUAUGAUUCCAUCACAUUUAAUUUUCUCAUGUAUAUUUUUGUAGUUAAAUAUAGAGGUCUCUCAUUUUUUUGUGCCACUUGUGGGAUCUUGUUUUAUGUAUCAAUGAAAUUGUCCAUUUCCAACAACAAUAAUAAUAUAAUACUAGUAACAAAUAUCACUCA